AUGGCCGCCGGUACCAUGCCUACCAAGACGGCAGCACCCAUCGAUGUCGACCGGCCGCAGCGCAUCCUCGACAUUGGGACCGGCAACGGCAUCUGGGCCAUUGAGAUGGGCGACCUGCUACCCAACUCCAUCGUUAUCGGCAACGACCUCAGCGCUAACAUGCCUGCUUUCGUGCCGCCCAACGUCAAAUUUGAGGUCGACGACGUCGAGAACGAGUGGAUCUACGACCAGCCGUUUUCCUACAUCUUCUGCCGCUACAUGGCCGCCAGCAUCAAUGACUGGCCCCAGCUGAUCCGCCGCACGUAUGAAAACAUUGAGCCAGGCGGCUGGGCCGAGUUCCAGGACUUUGACUUAACCUACUAUUCGGAAGACGGCUCCCUGGGCCCCGAAAACCCGCUCCUCGUCUGGAUCACGAGGGCCUGCAAUGCUGCCGAAGCCAUUGGCCGGGACACGCGACCUGGGUCCAAACUGAAGGGCUGGUUCGAGGAGACCGGUUUCACCAACGUCGUCCACCGCCGGUACAAACUGCCCAUCGGCACCUGGCCCCGCGAUCCCGUCCUCAAGCAGAUUGGUCUUUACAACUACAUGCAGAUCAACCAGGGACUGGAAGGCCUCUCCAUGCGCCUCUUUACAAAUGUGCUCAAGUGGACCAGCGAGCAGGUCGUGGUGAUGCUGGCCAAUGUGCGCAAGCAGCUGCACGACCCGACCAUCCACGCCAUCCUGGACUAG